CUUAGAUACUGUAGGUAGAGUGCUCAGUUCAGUGUCUGACCCAGAGUAACUGCUUAAACUAUGUCACCCCUACCCUACCCCCACCCUCCAAAUCCAGAGGUCUCUUCCAAGCUGGUUUCCACCAAGUAGUGCUGUUGGCCCCUGCUCUUUAUGUCCCUAACCAGGCUGGGGGCUCCAUGAGACAAGACCAGGUUAGUGCCACCUCCAGCAAUAGGAGCUGACCCUCAAAGGGCUGGAACAUGGUAGGCCCUCUGGACCUUGCCAAGAACCUUGUCCCCACUCCGCAAGGACCUGGCAGACAGUAGGUGCUCAUUUGAGGGGACAGCUGCACCCACGGCCACGUUAGUGAGGCCCCACCCAAGCAGAGGUUUGACCAGACAUAGGGCACCAAGAGGGGCAGAUUCCUGGCCAAGAGAUCCAUGUCCUAUUCACUGUGCCCCAAUUUAGAUUGGGAGUUAAAGCCUCCUCCAGAACCGGCAGAAGCUGCUCCCCUCCCUGCAGCCCCCUCCCUCUCCCUCUCGGGGUGGAUUCUCCGCCUCUAGCAGGCAAUGGAAUGUUGUGUUGCUGGUUGCCUGGACAACAGAGGCCGGCUGGGUGGCUGCCUUCCGGGAGCACAGAGCAAGAGAGCCCUCCAUCAGAACCCCCAGGGCUUCCUAGGCUAGCGCAAAACUCCAGAAAGAGAGCAGGUACCUGGGCAAUUGCUGGCAGAAUGGCAAUACCCUGGGAAGAGUAUUUCCGAUUGACCUCGCAAGAGAAACUGCCUUUCCCCUCCAGGAAGAUCUUGGAGCAGAAUGUGGACCACAUCCCGCCGGUGCUGCGUCUCCUGGAGAAGAAGCAGGAGCUAGUGGAUGCAGACCAGGGCCUUCAGGCCCAGAAGGAGGUGUUCCAGACCAGGAGGGCAUCCCUGAAACAGCGAUGGGAACAGUUGGAACAGAAAGAGCAGGAGCUGAAGGGGUCCUUUGUCCGUUUUGAAAAGUUUUUGCAAGACGCCGAGGCCCGGCGCAGCCGCGCACUGCGGAGGGCGGCGGAGGAGCGGCACCUGGCGGGCCACCAGGAGGCGGAGGCGCUGAGGCGUCGGGCCCAGCUGGAGGAGCUGCAGCGGGAGCGCGCGCGGCUGCAGCGCCGGCUGCAGCGUCUGGAGCCCUGCGCGCGCCUGCUGGGGCAAGUGCUGGAGCAGCUGCCCGAGUUCCAGGAGGUUCCCGAGCUGGUGGCCCGCUUCGACGGCCUGGCCGACAUGCAGGAGGCGCUGAGGAUCACGGAGCGCCAGCGGCUCGCCGAGCUGGAGGAGGCGCGCGCGCGGCUGCAGCGGCUGCGGGACGCCUGGCAGGACGAGCUGCUUCAGCAGGGCCAGCGGCGAGUGCAGCUGCUGCAGCAACUGGAGGCGGCGCGGGAGCGCACGCUGCACUGGGAAUCCAAGUGGAUUCAGAUCCAGAACACAGCGGCUGAGCAGACCCUGCUCCUGGGACGCACCAGGAUGGCAGCGCUCAACCUGUUCCAGCUAGUGUGCCAGCACCAGAGGAGGCCUCCUUUCCUGGACAUCGAGGACACAGAGGGGCAGCUGGAGCAGGUGAAGUUGUUCAUCCUGGACCUCUCUGCCCUGCUGGCCAGCCUGCGUCAGGCUGAGCCCACAGCCCCUGCCUCUUAACCCUGACCCAGGUGAGCAGCAGGGGAGGGACCCAGGCCCUGGACAGGAGGUGCACAUUUCCUGUGGGGUGGGCAUGAGGGGUACACAGCAAGCACUAAAUAAACACAGGCUACAUGGGCGGGGCGGGGUGGGGGGGACAAGCCCACAUCCACCGCAUGGCCUGGGACCUGGGCCUCUCUCUCAGGGUAGCUGGGGGUAUGUAAACAUGCUGAUGUUUGUCAGGUGUUUGGAAUGAGGCCUGGCACAAAUUCUGGUAAAUUCUAAACAAGGGUUUGGUAAGUAAAGUAAAAUAAAGAAGGACCAGCAAGUGGGUGACAAUGGCGAACACCCAUUCCCGGGGUGCCUGCUUACAGAGGCUCCUCGGUUUGGACUGGUGCUGAGUG